AUGGGACCUUUCAAACCUUCUUCAAACGGGCACAACUACAUUUUGGUUGCUGUAGACUAUGUGUCCAAAUGGAUUGAAGCCAUUCCCUGCCCAACCUGUGAUGCCAAGGUUGUUAUCAAACUUUCAGAACCAUCAUCUUUCCAAGAUAUCGGCAUCCCAAGGGUUGUUAUUUCGGAUGGAGGCUCCCAUUUCAUCAACAAGGUGUUUGAGAAGUUGAUGAAGAGUUAUGGAGUCAAGCACAAGGUCGCCACACCUUAUCACCCUCAAACCAGUGGGCAAGUUGAAGUCUCCAACAGACAGAUCAAGGCCAUAUUGAGAAGACUGUCUCCUUUCAAUUUGCUGUAUGGGAAGGAUUGCCACUUACCUGUGGAGGUCGAAUAUAAGGCUUUAUGGGCAGUAAAGAUGCUGAACUUUGAUAUAAAGGCAGCACAAGAAAGGAGGGUAAUGAACUUGUUUGAGUUGGAGGAAAUCAGAAUGAAUGCCUAUGAGAACUCUAGGAUUUACAAGAUGAGAACCAAGGCAGCCCACGACAAACUGAUUCGCCUUAAGGACUUCAAGGUUGGGGACAGUGUGCUCUUGUAUAACUCCAAGCUAAGGUUGUUUCCCGGGAAGCUGAGGUCAAAGUGGGCGGGACCAUUCAAGAUUCACGAAGUUCUACCCUAUGGGUCCCUCACUUUACUCAAUCAAGAGGGGAAGGAAUUCACAGUGAAUGGACAUAGAUGCAAGCCAUAUCUAGGAAUGACCCCCACAGAGGAGAUCAUCACUCCUCUAGAAGAUCCAACCCCGGCCUAA